AUGGCACCAUCUACCCCGCACCCCCGCAUCCUCACAAAUCGUGCUAAUUUGGACGACGAUGAUGCUCUCAGAGCUGUCGGUUAUGUCCCAUCAUUCAAGCGGGAGUUCACAAAUUUGGAUACCAUCUCCUUCGCCUUCAGCAUCAUGGGCGUGUGCUCAUCGAUCGCCAUGACAUUCAACACUCCACUCACCUUAGGAGGUCCGGCAGCAGCACAAUGGUGCUGGCUAAUUGGAGGAUUCAUGUGUUUUACGCUUGGCACGUCAAUUGCAGAAUUAGUCAGUGCGUUCCCAACCGCGGGCGGACUCUAUACCGCUUCUGCUCGCUUAGUUCCACCGAAGCACCGGGCACUCGUUGGUUGGAUCGUUGGAUGGCUGAAUAUGCUGGGCCAAGUCGCGGGUGUAUCGUCUACGGAGUUCGGCUUGUCCCAGAUGAUCUGGGCAGCUGUUGUCGUCGCUAAAGAUGGUAACUACACCGUCACACCAGGAAAGAUCGUCUCCCUUUUCGUCGCGUUGCUUAUUCUACACGGAAUUCUCAACUCGGUUGCGACCAAAUACCUCGCCCGUUUCACUAAAGGUUUCGUCUUCAUCAACCUUGGUGCUACCAUUCUCAUCACCAUCGUCCUGCUCGCAUGCACUGGAGCAAACAAUAUGCACUCAGCCGCGUACGUAUUUGGCUCCGAGGGAAUCAUCAAUGGUACCAGUUCGAAUGGGGGUGUUAGUAAGUGGAAUGACGGAAUCGCCUUUUUGUUUGGGUUGUUGAGUGUGCAGUGGACUGUGAGAGCAUCUACUUAUGCGACGGCACACAUUUCCGAGGAAGUUCGGCGCGCGGCUGUUGCAGCGCCUACGGCCAUCUUUGUUGCAGUCAUCGGUACUGGUAUCUUCGGCUGGCUCCUCAAUAUCGCUCUCGUUCUCUGCUCUGGACCCCUCGAAGAUUUGCCAGGCCCAACAGGUCUUGCGUUCAUACAAAUCAUGUGGAUACGAAUCGGCAAGUCUGGGACCCUCUUUCUCUGGGCAUUCGUAUGCCUUACGGCGUUCUUCGUCGUUCAAACUGCCCUUCAAGCUUGUUCGAGAACGUUCUAUGCUUUCUCACGAGACAAUGGUUUUCCCGACAAGGGCUUUUUCGGAAGGAUGAACCAGACAACCAAGACACCUAUCUUUGCUGUUUGGCUGACUGUUUUUCUAUCCGCUCUUCCGGGCUUGCUGGAUCUCGUGAGUUCAACGGCAGCAGCUGCCAUAUUCGCCCUCACUGCCGUCGCGCUGGACACUUCGUACAUCAUCCCUAUUGCUUGUCGUCGUAUCUUUCGCAAUCAUCCUGAAGUAAACUUCACACCUGGCCCAUUCUAUCUCGGAGAAGGUUGGCUUGGUUGGUUGGUUAAUGUCAACUGCAUCUUAUGGGUCUCGUUUGUAACCGUCAUUCUGUCUCUUCCCACCGUUCUUCCGAUCACAAAGGACAACUUCAACUAUGCGUCGGUCAUCACUGGUGCUGUCAUCAUAUCCUCUUUCGUCUGGUACAUCUUUGGUGGGCGUCUUCACUACAAAGGGCCUACUGGUAACCUGAGUGGGAUUGAGGUUCACCAUCCUCCACGCUCAUACUCCGCCGCUGACUUGGGCGACAAUAAGAAGCCUAGUGUGGAGGUGUAA